GCCCCAGGCCGCCUCCGGGGCAGCAGCAGCGGCGGCGGCCGGGGCCGGGGCGCGGGCCGGAGACGCCGGAGGGCCGGCGAGGACCCGGGAGGGACGAUGAAGCGGCAGAAUGUGCGCACGUUGGCUCUCAUCGUGUGCACCUUCACCUACCUGCUGGUGGGCGCCGCGGUGUUCGACGCGCUGGAGUCGGAGCCGGAGAUGAUCGAGCGGCAGCGGCUGGAGCUGCGGCAGCUGGAGCUGCGGGCGCGCUACAACCUCAGCGAGGGCGGCUACGAGGAGCUGGAGCGCGUCGUGCUGCGCCUCAAGCCGCACAAGGCCGGCGUGCAGUGGCGCUUCGCCGGCUCCUUCUACUUCGCCAUCACCGUCAUCACCACAAUCGGCUAUGGUCAUGCGGCUCCCAGCACGGACGGAGGCAAGGUGUUCUGCAUGUUCUACGCGCUGCUGGGCAUCCCGCUCACACUAGUCAUGUUCCAGAGCCUGGGUGAACGCAUCAACACCUUCGUGAGGUACCUGCUGCACCGUGCGAAGAGGGGGCUGGGCAUGCGGCACGCCGAGGUGUCCAUGGCCAACAUGGUGCUCAUCGGUUUCGUGUCGUGCAUCAGCACGCUGUGUAUCGGCGCCGCUGCCUUCUCCUACUAUGAGCGCUGGACUUUCUUCCAGGCCUAUUACUACUGCUUCAUCACCCUCACCACCAUCGGCUUCGGCGACUACGUGGCGCUGCAGAAGGACCAGGCGCUGCAAACGCAGCCUCAGUACGUGGCCUUCAGCUUCGUAUACAUCCUCACCGGCCUCACGGUCAUCGGCGCCUUCCUCAACCUCGUGGUGCUGCGAUUCAUGACCAUGAACGCCGAGGACGAGAAGCGUGAUGCAGAGCACCGUGCGCUGCUCACGCACAAUGGCCAGGCUGGCGGCCUGGGUGGCCUGAGCUGCCUAAGCGGUAGCCUGGGCGAUGGCGUGCGUCCCCGCGACCCAGUCACUUGCGCAGCGGCUGCAGGCGGCAUGGGCGUGGGCGUGGGCGUCGGUGGCAGCGGCUUCCGCAACGUCUAUGCUGAAAUGCUGCACUUUCAGUCCAUGUGCUCGUGCCUCUGGUACAAGAGCCGCGAGAAGCUGCAGUACUCCAUCCCCAUGAUCAUCCCGCGGGACCUCUCCACAUCCGACACGUGCGUGGAGCACAGCCACUCGUCGCCAGGAGGCGGCGGCCGCUACAGCGACACGCCCUCACACCCUUGCCUGUGCAGCGGGACGCAACGCUCGGCCAUCAGCUCCGUGUCCACGGGCCUGCACAGCCUGGCUACCUUCCGCGGCCUCAUGAAGCGCAGGAGCUCAGUGUGAACCACAGCCAAGCCUGGAGCACCUGUGAGCCAGCGGGGGUGGGGGACCUGCCUGCAGAAGCCGCAGGAGUUGGCCAGGAGGCCCCCCAAAGACGCCUUCGGGCCCCAUGGGAAGUCCCCAGCCCAUCACCACCGCCACCUCUACUCCUCCCCAGCCCCUAAAUCUCCAACUGUGCGGGCUUUCACCAGCCAGCAGGAGGCCGGGCUCUGAGGACCCCUGGAGCCCCCAUCAGAGCCCGAAGAAUUCUGAGAAAUGUGAAACUUAGGGGGUGGGGAGACGGGGAAGCAGCCACGGGGAGCUGCUGAGAAGCCCCCCAGUCCUCAGAGGCCCUGCUGGGCCCCAGACCCCUUGCCUCCCAAGGGAACUAAUGUUCUAGGUUUUUGUUUUCUGUUUUGGUUUGGUUCUCGUGUCUCUCUCUCUCUCUCUCUCUCUCUCUCUCUCUCUCUCUCUCUCUCUCUCUCUCUCUCUCUCUCUCAUAUCUCUACUUAUACCUCCCCUGGGCUCUCCAAAGCCCAAGGUGUCUUUGUCCAGGUCACCCCCCACUCAGUCCCUCCCGGCUCUCUCAUCCCCAGCCAUGUCUCCCAGCCUUCCACUACCUUAAUGUGUCCACUCCCCUUCUGUUUUUUGCAUGGCUAUGCAGUUAUGGAAGAAAAAAAAAGGAAACCCCAGCAGUCCCUAAAGCUAGUCCCCAGAGGGCAAGAUAGAAGAAAAAA